CAGCGUUUUCUCCCCAGGGUGAAAGGUGUCUCACAAUAGACCCACGUGGUUACGCCACAUAACUGACACUUCUGUCACAUAUAUAUAUAACCCACUGUUUUAUACCUUCAUCACUGGAACAGAGACUACUGGAUCACAAUGGCGUUCAAGCUCAUCGUCCUCACCGCCCUGGUGGCCGCUGCCCGUGCAGGAAUCAUUGGCGCACCCUUGGCCUACGCCACACAUGGAGCACCUCUCGCUUACGGCGCACCAGCUAUCGCUAAGGUAGCCGGCCCCGUAGCGGUCGACACCGACUACGACCCUCACCCCCAGUACAGCUACGCUUACGACAUUCAGGACGCCCUGACCGGCGACGCGAAAAGCCAGCAGGAGAGCCGCGACGGAGACGUCGUCCAGGGCAGCUACAGCCUGGUAGAGCCCGACGGCACAGUGCGCACCGUCGAGUACACUGCUGACCCCGUCAACGGAUUCAACGCCGUAGUACACAAGACUCCCCUGUCCGCACCCAUCGCUAAGGUCGCCGCCCCAGUAGCAUAUGCCGCCCCCGCAGCGUACGCAGCCCCUGCUGCAUAUGCGGCACCCAUUCACACGAAAGCCAUCUACGGCUAACUUCCUCAUUAAUUUCGAUAGUCACGACAUUUUACGCAUUUAUUGUAGUGUAAUACAUGAUCGUAUUUCUUGUUACCCACUUGUACAGUCAUAAAAAUAAAGUUCUCCAACAAUAA